CCAGUCGCCGCGUCGCCUUGAGAGACAGCCGUGAUAUUGCUACAGUAGUAGCACGCAACUCAACCGCCCACUCUACCUCUAUCCUGUUUGGGACUGUGGAGACGGAGGCAGGAAAUAAAGAGUCGAAACCGCAUUUAAUCUUUCUGGACAGUUUGAAGAAAAAAAUGUUCCGAUGCUGCGCAGGCACAUACCCUCACGCAUCGCUUUCUCGCCUGAUCGCUGGAAUACGAAGUCUUGGGAAACCCGCAACACGGUCCACUUAAGCAUUUGGAACAGUUUGCUUUUUUUCCUUCUGCAAAGGAGUUUCUAAAAUAUUAUUUCAUGUAAAAUUAUCUUCAUCUUGCGGGAAAGGUUGCCCGCGGACUAUGACACGGUUUAUGGAUAAAACCCAAUAAAGAUGCGUGACAUGGUUUCCCUAAACUUUUCUUUAUUAUAAAAAUAAAACAGGAUUUAAUUAAUACGGGUUUGGGAUUAUUGCCCGUGCAUUGUACCAUAACUGCUCCAACGCAUACGGACAAGAUUAUUAUAGUAAUUCUUUUUUUUUUUCAGACUAAUGCGCUCAGGUUCUGGGGAAGAUUUUUUUUUGACUAGCUUGCACCGGGGCACCCAAAUGUGCGACAUGGAUGGACUGCAGGAUUGAAAGGCGGUGUGAGGUUUUCUCCUGUCCUGAGCAGAGAGCCGGAGAGCGUGCGGCGGGCAGGAGCGCCUCGCGAAGCCGGCUGACGCCGAGGGGAAGCCGUCUGAGUGUCAUGCGGGCUGCGGCGUCAAGCGCUAGUUGCCUCUAAAGCCGAGGACGGCCGCUGAUAGAUACGCGGUGAUGGGGUCUCUGGUGCGAAGCCAGUGGCUGGUGGUGCCUCUCCUGCUCCAUGCCUGGAUCCUGGCCUCCCCAAGCAGCCUCCGCGAGCGCCCUUGCCCCCGGAGCUGCCGCUGCGAUGGUAAAAUUGUCUACUGUGAGUCCAGCGCUUUCCGCGACGUACCACAGAACUUGUCCACGGGCUGCCAGGGGCUGUCGCUCCGCUACAAUAGCCUGGCGAGCCUGCGGGCCGGCCAGUUUGCCAGCCUCGGCCAGCUGGUCUGGCUCUACCUGGACCACAACUACAUCAGCACCGUGGACGGCCGGGCCUUCCAGGGUGUGCGGCGGCUGAAGGAGCUCAUCCUGAGCUCCAACAAGAUCUCACACCUUCUCAAUGACACUUUCCACGCUGUGCCCAACCUUCGCAACCUGGACCUGUCCUACAACAAGCUGCAGGCCCUGCAGCCGGGCCAGUUCCAGGGUCUGCGCAAACUGCUGAGUCUGCACAUUCGCUCCAACUCUCUGAAGAGCAUCCCCAUGAGGCUCUUUCAGGACUGCCGCAACCUGGAGUUCCUGGACUUGGGCUACAACCGCCUGCGAAGUCUCACACGUAACGCCUUUGCGGGACUGCUUAAGCUGACCGAGCUGCACCUGGAACAUAACCAGUUCUCCAAGAUCAACUUUUCCCACUUUCCACGUCUUAACAACCUGCGGGCGCUCUACCUGCAAUGGAACCGCAUCCGGUCCAUCAGCCAGGGCCUCACGUGGACGUGGACCUCCCUGCAGAAGCUGGACCUCUCUGGAAAUGACCUGCAGGUGGUGGACGCACAUAUCUACCAGUGCCUGCCCAACCUCCAGACCCUCAACUUAGACUCCAACAAGCUCAGCAAUGUGUCCCAAGAGGCGGUGGGCGCCUGGAUCUCACUGACUACCAUCAGUUUGGCAGGUAAUGUGUGGGAAUGUAGUCCCAGCAUCUGCCCCCUAGUGGCCUGGCUUAGGAACUUCAAAGGAAACAAGGAGACGACCAUGAUCUGCGCUGGACCUAAGGAGGUCCAGGGGGAGAAGGUGAUGGAUGCCGUGGAAGCAUACAGCCUCUGCAGAGCCACGCCGGCCCCACCCGUCCAGACGCCAUCUACUCUGUCCAGCAGCCCAUCUAAACCCAAGAGGUUACCCAUCCCCACCUUGUCCAAAGCGACCGAGGACCUGUCCCGUGGCAGCCAGGCCAGCCCGUCUCCCACGGGCGACUCCUCCGCCACCCCGGAGCAGGAAUUCGAACACGUGUCCUUCCAUAAGAUCAUCGCUGGCAGUGUGGCGCUCUUCUUGUCGGUGGCCAUGAUCCUGCUGGUCAUCUACGUGUCGUGGAAGCGGUACCCGGGCAGCGUGAAGCAGCUGCAGGAGAACUCGCUGGGCCGCAAGCGGCGGAAAAAGGCCCGCGAGACCGAGCGCACCCUCAGCUCGCCUCUGCAGGAGUACUAUGUGGACUACAAGCCCACAAACUCUGAGCCCAUGGACGUGCUGGUCAAUGGGUCAAGCCCGGUCACCUACACCAUCUCGGGCUCCCGUGAAUGCGAGGUUCCGCACCAGGUGAGUGCAUUGACCUUCUAUAGGUAUGAGCAGCCGGUAAUGGACUACUGCCAAGCCCACCAGCCUUUGCACCUCAACAUGGGCUUUGAGGGGCCCCCGCAGGCCUUGGAGGACAGGGGGCUACGUGAGCGCAGCAUGGUGCAGACUCUGCCCCCCAACCCCGCCUCGGCCGCCACCCUCACCCGGCCCCGCGCCUCUCCACAGUGAGGGAGGCGGGAGAGGCUGGGCUGCAGCUCAACAAGGGACCCAGACUGGCACAGAACUGUGGGGCAAGGGGGUGAACCUGAUAUG